AACAGACCCAAAACAUGAACUUUUCAACGGAGAAUUUUUCAAGGGAUCUGGAAGUGAAUUUCGCUGUGGGAGUGGAAAACUCCCCUAAGGGGCGCAAUGAAAACCUCGCAAGAGGGGAAAUCGCCAUGCUGGCCAUCAUAUUUCUGGUCACGGUUAUAGGAAAUAGUACCGUGUUGUUAGCUCUUUGGACCAGAAGGAGAUAUGCAGGAAGGAAGAAACUCUCCCGAAUGUACUUCUUCAUCCUCCAUCUCAGUAUAGCAGAUCUAAUAACUGCCUUUCUCACCGACCUCCCACAGCUAGCGUGGGACAUUACCUUCAGGUUCCAAGGGGGCUUUUUCAUGUGCAAAGUAGUGAAAUAUGGACAAACGCUAGGACCAUAUUUAAGCUCGUAUAUAUUGAUGGCUACAGCGGUGGACAGACACCAGGCCAUUUGCUAUCCCUUGACAUACUGCUCCUGGACGUCGAGAAGGUCCAAGGUCAUGGUCUACCUAGCUUGGAUGGCAGCGCUUCUGUUCUGCAUUCCACAGGUGAGCGUACAGCCUUCGAAUUAUUGA